AAAUGUAAACAUAAUUUCUAAACGUACUCCAUCAACAUGCUGAAGUUGGGGAAAUUUAACUAUUUGAUUAAAACAAUAACUUUUAAUAGAACCAUCAGUAAUUUACCAUUUGUUUUUAGUAAAGAUGUUAUCAAAUAUCCUGAAACUUCAUAUUCAGCUACCAGUAAUGAAAGUGUAGGACCUUCAGAUUCAACAAUUCUUCGAAUUAAUUCAAUGAAACAUCCUCAAGAACUGUUAGAGUUUAUGAAGAAUGUGAGCAGGAGAGAUAUUGAGCCAUUUCAAUUAUCAAAUGUUUUGAAUCAGUUAAUGAAACUACAAAGAUCUGGCGAGCGCAAUAUUCAUCCAUCAGAAUUCAAGAAACAUGCCGGUUUUCAGAACAUUUGCAAGAUAAUGAAAUAUCAGGCUUCGAGAAUGGAAACAAAUGAGGUUCUUAUAUGCUUGAAAGUGUUGUGUUAUUUUGGCCUACCAUCGGAAAGUCUAUUUAUUCAGCAAUUGUUACACUUAUUGAAGGAUAACAUAAACAACCUCUCUUUAUCAAAUCUUGUCUUCCUCAAUUUCCUUCUUGAGAGAUUUGACAAAACUCCAUUGAUUGAAGCACUUCAGAUAGCAAUUCCAAUGGUUUUUGAUAUGAAUAUGGGAUUGCAAAUGGAUCAUAACAAUGUUACUGAAUUGGCAGACAUUCUUUAUUACAUUUCAACAUCUUCAGUUAAAAUAUCACGUAAAAGCAUGACGAACAUUAUCACAGCUUUAACAUUACAUGGGUCAAAUAUUGAGAUGAAUGAUGCGCGAUCGAUUAUCUGGUCAAUCUCAGCACUGCGAAGAUUUCAUCCAGGAGUUGAGAAGUUAUUCGAGAAUUGUAUUCACAUUUUGAAUGAAAAACUUUUUGAAAUGUCAUUUGAAGAGAUGGAGACAACGCUCAGUAAGUUGGUUGAAAGAGUUCACAGAGGGCAUUUUGAAUUUUAUCAUGAGUUGUUCUUCAACAAUUGUGUUCAAUAUGUAAUUCAAAACGAUUUGGGCUACAUGAAAGCAUCGUAUAUAUUAAAAAAAUUCAACAAAAUCGCUUUUGCUAGCUGCAAUUUGCUUGAAUAUAUCGACAAACAAAUAAUAGAUAAUCAUUCACUUCUAUCAAGCUCCAAUCCAACAGGACUUAUAACUCUCGCGUCUGGCUUUUCUAAUGCAAAUUAUAAAACAGAACACUGGGAAAUUCUUAAAACACUUUUGCAUGAAAAUCCAUUGCUUCAUAAUGAAAGAGUUGACAUUCCUUGGCUGCGAUUUGCAGUUGAAAUGUUCUCCGUUGGAUUUUAUUCGCAAAUUUUAUUUGAGAAGAUCUUUAGUACGAAAUAUCUUGAAGCUGUUCUGAAACGAGAAGAACAUUUUCUGAAUCAUCUUCAUCUUUUGAACCUUUGGCAAGCUAUAAAUCUUCUUAUUCCAGAUUAUAGUGGACCUCAACCCGAACAACGAUUUAUCGACGAUGCAAUGGUGAUAUGCUCAGCCAAAGAUACUUCAGCUUUUGUCGAUAUCCUGGCAGACAUCUUUGGUGGCAAAGAAUUUAUUCAGACGAAUGUAAUGACAAGUUAUGGUCAUUGCCUUGACUAUGUCAUUUCAUUUGAUUUAAAUGACAAUCCAAUAGCGAUGCCAUGUAAAAUCAAAAAUUAUGAUUCAUUGCCAAAAAGUCAAGUAAACUCUACUGCAAUUUUCUUCAAUGGAAGGAAGCGAUUUCCUUUAAAUUAUCCCGGAAAGUUUCGUGGAAAUUUUGACUUAAAACAAAGAACAUUGCAAAGGCUCAACAUUAAUGUUGUCAACAUAACACUUCAGACAUUGAAUAGUUUAGAGGAAUCUGAGAUCCAUGAUUACAUUGAACGAGAAAUAAGACAAUGCUUAAAACAGGAAACAAAUGUAAGUUAAAUUUCCUUAGACUAGAUGAUGACAUUAAACCAAGUUAAGUAAAAUAAAAUAAAUUUGAAAUCGAAAAUUUAAUGCAUUUCUUCUGUGAUCUUUAGUAUUGCAAUAUAUUGGUUCAAUAGGAUU